AUGUGGCUUAAUCAGGGAACCACAGGAGCUAAGCAGGAUCCACCAGUUGGUGAGCAGAUACUAAAUGAUGUCCCAUUAAAUUCUUUACCAGAUCCUAAUGUGCAAUUAAGAGAGCCUAUGGACGAACCUGGUAACCAAGACAUGAUACGUAAAGAAGAUAAUGAAGAGAACUUACAAGCGAUAGAGGAAGAUCAAGCUGUAGAUAAUGCUGAAGGGAAUAUUGAUUUCAAUGGGCUCUCAUUUCCUAGAAAGCUCUGGAAUGUAGUGGAGUGCAGGUCAUUCAACUCUGUGUACUGGAAUGAUGAAGGAGACAAAGUGGUAAUCGAGGCAGAUUAUUUUCAGAGGGAAAUUCUUCACCGAAUAGGUGCAGAAAAGAUCUUCAAUGAAGACAACUUGAACAGUUUUUUUCAACAGCUUCAUCGACAUGGAUUCAGAAAGAUACACCCAUAUGAACCUGUAGCUCAGUCUCAUUUGAGCCAAAGAAUAAUGACAUACCGAAACUCAAAUUUUCAGAGAGAUAAGCCUGAGCUCCUUAACAACAUACAGAAAGAUCUUAGAAAUUCCAGUCUACGAGGGACAUGCAUACCAAUCCCACUCAAAAACCCUGCUGGGCAGGUAGCUUAUAUGCCAACUUCGAAGAGAAGGAAGUUGCUACCAACGAGAAGCUCCCCACGAUUCCAUCAUGAAGCAAACAACAAAAAUAAGGAAGCAAAGAGCGGAGUCGCCAGUGGCCCGGGACCCCGAGAUGGCCAGCUACUUCAAAUCUGUAGUGUAUGGGCUAUGCGUAGUUUCCCUAGACAGUUUCCGAGAAAUCAAACAGCUCAGGAGCAGGAAGAGAAUGAGGAAGCCCCAUCUAGGGAUGUCGCAUUUUCAAGCCGAGGCACUUCUGAAAUGGAAGGUGGAGAGUUUUCCAGCAUGGACCCAGGGGACCCGGAUGGUAGGUUCGUGAUGCACAUGUACAACAGUUACUUUGAUGUGCUGAUGUCCACCCUCUCAAAAGUUUCCACAACUGAACCUACUGAAGACGCGGACCAAGAGGGUCCUGCAGACUACAAGUUUGUAGUCUGUGAACAAAGCCAUGAUAAUCCACCUAUCUGA